GAAAAUGUAUGACAUGUGGUUCGGCCUUUUCCGCCACGAGUAUGAAAUAAUUCUAGACAUGUUUAUGAUUCAGUAAUCUAACUCUCGACAACCUAAAAAGUUGUGCGUAUUCGUAAAAUUGUAAAGAAUCAUCUGGAAGAAAAGUCGCGACACGCUAGAGCAAGAAGCAGCAGCAUACUGUCAAUGGUGUCCUCAAACCUCUUGAAUGAUUCUGUAUUGUGUACGUAUUUUGCUGUUGCUCUACAGUCGCUUUUUCUGUGCCUUUCUACGUGUGCAUUUUGCUGUUGACGACGGAUUAGUUUUCUGGCCCAUUGCGAGGAUUUUCCUAAUUCGCUUCAUGCGAGAAAAUUCGCCGCCGGUUUUUGAUAAGUCGUUUUCACAGGCGCUUCUUGCGCUUGCCAAAAGAAAGGAAAACAAAGAAUAUGCGCACAAAGGUGUUGCAGGUGCUCCAUGUGGAUGAAGGAUAUCUUGUUUACUACUCAAUGAUCUAUUCAUCUGGUGUCAGGUGCUAGAAGUUAGAGACCGUAGUAAGUUGUUGAUGAAGUCAAGCACAAGCUUCUAGUUUUGAACUCACCUUUUUCCUCGACGAAUGCGAACUGCGUACCGGUGUGUGACAUCUGUGGCGUUUGCGCUGGGUUUCACUGGACGAGGUUCGUAUUGGAAUCUUUGGCGAAUUUCACUUACACCGUGAAUGAUACUGCGCAAACUGGAGGCUUGAUUUUCAUCAUCUUCGGGCUGCUGGCUUUUCCCGCUGAGACUAGGUAGAUUGAGUUUUUACUGACGAAUAUCCAACAAAAAAAGAUUGUGAGCACGUAACUUUGUUGCCAAUGGUUGCGUCUAUGAUGCGGGUCUUGCAUGGUAGGGUCCAUUCAGGGAGUGCGUUUUCACGUACUAUCUGCGCAUGAGUCAUGCCAUGCAGAUUUGUAAUGCCGUUCCGCAAAGAUAUAAAAAAACAAAGUUACAUCUACAAUGUUUUUUUCUUGCAUAACGAAUGACCCGUGGUCAUAUCCGCCGGUUGCUGACGAAGGUCGAACGACUUAGACAUGACGGUUUGCAGACUGAAAAACGAACACAAUACUGCUGAAGAGAAAGUAAUUGUAGCUAAAAACUAGAAAUACAGUUACAGAGAUAGCUCCUGCUUUUCACACUUUUCGUUCUACCGGUUUCCAUUUCUGUUUCAUUCUUUCCAACGCUUUCACUUAUUCAUGAAAUAAACGUGUACAUUUAAAUUCAUUUCAACUAUGAUUUCACAGCAGAUGCGAAGAUUUCUGCUGCGUUAAUUUUUUUUUAUUGAGCCGCCUCACUUAGCCUUGAACAAAGACCAAGCACCUGCCUUAUUUUACGAUCGAGUAGCACAGCAGGCACUUGUUGUUUCUUGGUGUCUGUUGUGCUGCCGUGGUAGUUUCACGCGAGUGUACAUAUCAGUCUCUUCCUGCUAGCAUUAAGUGAGUAGUAGGCCUUUGAUUUACUUAAAAGAAGCGAACACUUGCUGGCUGCUAUUCCCACUUCGAGUCCCCUUUCUUCGACCGAGUCCGCCACUUGUGGGCAUCGUCAAGGAGAAAACGGUGGAAGAAAAGUUUUCCGAGAUGAAGCCGCGGGAGACUUCCACAGAUACGCGCCACACCAGCGAUGGCAGCAGCGAACGCAGUAAGUCCUCUUCCGCAGGAGUAGUAUUUUUGUCUGCAACUGCAUUUGAUUUUGAUGCAAUUCUGCAUAUUGCUGUCAAUCCUGUUUCAGCGAGUGUAGAUAGAGCUAGAUAGUUACCAGCUAACACCACGACCACAAAAUUCAUUGGCAACAGGUCCGGAUGUGGCCACCAAUACGAGUCAAGAAACGCCAUCUCCUACCUUGCAACAGAAAAAGGGAUCAGCCUCUGUGGACGAAAAAAGUGAGAAUACAAUGAGGUCGGCAGAAAACCACGCGGCGAGGGCUACCCCGUCUACCCCGGGCGCUGCGGGACAAAAGAACUCUAACCCCCUGCUCCCGGCGUCUCCUGGAGGAAACUGGUAUGCAAGCAGUUACCUGCAAAUAUCAAUACGAUCUGAUUGGAAACCGAUAGAUACCGAGAUUUCGGACGCUGACUCAAGUACACUCUGCUUUAUCUGAUGUACGAACUUGGGCAACGUGUCUACAGACGCCCGGUCUUUGAACUUGUAGUUGCACAAGUGGUGCUGGUCCUCGUUAUUGGUAUUCGUCAUAUUGACUUUUAGUUUUAGCUUAUGCAUAGUCCUCCAUUAUGACAAAAUAGGGCGACGCGCUGUGCAGCGGGAGUGGGACCUGCCUCAGCUGUGGGACCUUCCUCGCCCGCGGUACCGAGUCCGCCGCCGACGUACGCCGCAAUGCUGAAGAAUAGCACUGGAGGCAAGGGCAGUGGUGUUUUUGCCGUCUCUCCGGCCAAGAGCGCACAUAGUACCUACACAACGCCGCUGAAGACAAAUAUGGCUACCGCCACUCCAAAGAAAAGCGCGUCAGCUUCUACCACGCCAACGAAGAGCGCCGCGACAACGCCUGUCACGAAGACGAGCGGAAAAAGCCAGAAAACUCCACUUUCGUCUACCAAGAGCAGUGCGGCCACAACAACCCAGGCAACCCCGAGCAGCACUACAAGCCGCGCACCCAAACAAGGCAAAACCCCAACGACCAAGCAGCCACAAAACAAUAGUGUAGCCAGUUGUUCGGCCACCUCAAAAGCCUUGCCGAAAGACGGUAGUGCUUCGGGUCCGUUGCCACAGAACGAGGAGAAGCUACAGACGGGCGCUGAGCAGCAGAACGAGCCGCGACUACAGCAGGAGAAACUAGUUCCUGGAGAAAUACAAUCUGCGAAGGCACAAAGUGAGAAACCUGCUGCAGCUGCACCUGUAAGUGUGUACGACGGUUUAGAAGCGUUACCGUCCCCCGUGCAACCGAUCGGGGAGUGCGAAAGUAGGGUGUCCACUCUGAGCAGCCAGAGUAGAAAGGACGAAGAACAUGCAGUAACUGCCAACGAGGGCAUAGUUUCGUCUGGAGGAUCAAAUGAAACCGCUGCCGGACCAGGAGCUGCAGCCACUGGAACAACGCGUGGUGGCAGCAAGGCUGGCACGACCGACAGCAAAAAUUUAUCGUCGCAAGAAAACAACAGCACCACUGCUGCUGCUGGAGCAGCAGAAAGCAGUGCAGAGAGCUCUGAGCCAUUACCUGUCGCUACGGGGGGACAAGUUCUUGCAAAGGAAGAUACUCGAGGACAAGCGGUGGAUAAAGGAUCUAUCCAUAGUACAAAGGCUGCACAAGUCCAUCAACAGCAGGGAGAAACGAUUCAAAUUCCCUCUCAGUCACCACCCGCAACUGAACAGCCCCUGGCCGUUAAGGCCAUUGCAGUACGACAGGACGCGAAGGGUUGUAGUACCUCCGCCCCGACGAAUCCGCCACGACAAUCGCAGACGAGCAGCGCCGCCACUGCCGGCAUCCCGUGUGCAGAAAGUGCUACUCCACAACAAAGUAAUCCUAAUGGCCCAACAGCGCCGACGAGGAUCUCGCAGAGCAAUCUACAGCAACAGCUUCCCGUGGGAGGAAAGACUGAAGCCGGUGCAGCAACAGGGAACAAGGGAAGUAGCAUGGGACCUACAGCUGGAACUGCAGCUGUCGCAAAGAAUGGGGGCAAGCCAACCACAGGCAAGUACUUCAAUACCUACCCCGCACCGCACUACAGCAACUACUACGGCAAGAAUAAUAGCAACAUGAUGAACAUCAACAUGAAUAACAGUCAUGUAGGCAAUAGUGGGUUAGCAGGUGGUGCAGCUACCGGUAAGGGACUACACAACGGUGGUGCGACACCGCGCCAUGGCACUGGUGCGCAGCAACAUCUCCCAGGACAGCAUCAAAGUAGUGCGCCAGCAGCACACCCUCAUGGGAACAACAGUUCCUACAACCAACAGCAGCAUCAAACCGCGCACAGCCAGCGGGGAGGGAACACGACCACGGGAGGUAAUCAUGCUACUGCUACUAAUGCACCACAUCAUGGCGUCGAUCCAUCUCUGCAAGGCAGCAAUAAUCCCGCCGGGGGAGGAGCUUCUCCCUCUCCACACAAUCUGUUCGGAUCGUCCUUUCCUUCGAGCUUUUCCGGAUUUCACCGUCCGCACCACCCGCCACACAUUGGUUUCGGAGACACGUCGCUCAACAAGAAGGACAUCGUGGGUCAAAUUCGCAUGUUCAACCCGACCAAGGGUUGGGGCUUCAUUGUCUGCGCCGACUACAACGGCGACAUCUUUCUUCAUACAAAGCACAUCGUUCGCCCGCAGCGCAUUAACGGCCAGUUCGUAGACAGUCCGCAGUUGGCGCUUGAGUAUAAAGUUUCGCUUUGCCUCGCUGUAGAUAGUAGGGUGACUCCAUCGAGGACUCCCCGGGAAGUUCCUAUGGCGGUAUUUAAAUCAUUAAAGUGGCACCAGAUGUCCUGAAAUGAUGUAUCUAAGUACAUAAAAUAAAUCAACAGCUACAUCGGGCAUUUCAAUCAUUCUUCUGCGUCUGAGCACCGGUGCAUGGUCCGGUUCGACCUGGAUUUUAGUAACGAGCGGCCGCAGGCGCUGAACGUCCGGUUGCAGUUGGAAAAUUUUCACUUGAUGGCGGCCGGCAAGACCGACCCCGUGACGGUGGCCCGUGCGGAGCUGCUCGCGAACGCGGUUGCAAGCGCAAAUGGGGGGCCAAGCGCGCGUCGAAAGCCGUUCUACGAGCAGUGGUCGAAAAAUCAUGCUUUUGCCGCGGCGCACCAGGCGGUGAAUGCGGCCGCGGGCCUGAAUCUGCAGAACGCGGCGGGGACAGCGGCAGCAGCAUCGGCGCUGACCAUGCCGGGCGUAGCAGCCGGUCAUCUGGGCGGUUCCGUCAGU